CGCUGUGAGGGAGGAAACAACUGGAAGCGAAACCGAAAGACUUUUGCUCGGCCAGCACCUAUUGUAUCCCACCUAUUGUAUUUCCAGCAAGUCCCAGCUAUGUACAAAGUGUCUGAGCCAGAUCAACUCGUGGAUCACCAGCAGCAGCUGAUAGGACUCUUCCCUGGCCUCUUCGACAGCGAGGAGUUCAGUGACCUCCUGCUCGUGGUGAACAGCAGCCUGCAGAUCCACACCCACAGGCUCCUCCUGGUGACCCAGAGCAGCAUCUUCAGGACCAUGCUGUGCAGUCAGCACUGGCCAGAGGCCCAGCAGAGCACGGUCCACCUGACCGAGGAUGACCAGUGUCUGCCCCACUUUCAGGACUUCCUGAGAUACUUCUACACUGGGACAAUCAACAUCACUACUGCCAGUGCUCUUCCCGUCUGUAUGCUGGCGGACAAGUACCAUGUCACCAGCCUUAAGAAGAGCUGCGAGGGAUUCAUGUCAGAGAACGUUGGUACUCCCAGAAUGUAUAACAGAGCCAUCUCCUGGAGGAAAUAUGGCCGACUCGCUGAUCGACCAGAGCUGAGGGAGGCCUGUGAUAAAUUCAUUGCCUGGAACAUGGACACGGUGAUCAGCUCUCCAGACUGGACGUCCAUUGACGCUGAUGACCUACACCAUCUCCUCAAGAGGUCAGACCUGGUGGUUGCGAAUGAGGUCUCAUUGCUAAAGGCUGCAGUCGACUGGCUGACUGAUCAUCCAGAGCAAACGAACGACGUACUGCAGAACAUUCGAUUCCCAGUGAUGAAGCCGUCCGAGCUCUAUCAAUACCAAUUUUCAGGGAUAGGUGACAAAAGUAUCUGUUCAUACGUAGAGAGAAAAGGCACCCUGACUUACCAAGCUAACUCGGUUGAUAUUAAAAUCCUCAGUGAACACAACGACAUCCCUUCAGCUCCAUUUUCUGUGAGACUGUACAAAGCAAGUGAUAGCGGAUGCCCAUGGCAAUUGGAGAAUUACUCAGCACAAGGUAAAGCACCACACCAGAUAAGAUUUACUACCAAGACACUCUUGGCUGAAUGCAAGUGGUCUAUUACCUUUCAUCCCAAAGGUGAAAGAGUCACAACGCAGUUCCAGCAACUCAAUAGCUAUAGUGGCUACUGCUACACAGAAGAACAAAUUGUAACAGACACGGACAAUACAGUGUUAAUAUGGAGAGUUGAGAAAUGUAGCUUGGAUAAGUCUCUCCAUGAUCACAGACUCGCUGUGCUGCUGCACACGUUCCACAAUGGCGAGUGGUUCGUCUCCGCGGUGAAAACGUUCAGUUCUGCAGGGACGGAGAACAGAGUGGAAGACCUGAUCCCGCAGUCUGAGCGGCAGCAGUACGUCAGCAACAACACCAUGAGGCUUCACUUCAUUGGGCAGACAGAGUGGAAGGAAUAUCAGCCGACCGCCCUGUAGAGCUUCCCCUCCAUAUUUCCAACAGAAGGAAGGGAGUUAGGUUCCAGAUUGCUGGGAGCACAUUACUUUAUACUUGACAGUCUUUCUAAAAAAAUAAACAGCAUUUUACUUAGCUUCAGCAUAUCAAAAUUAAUAACUUUUUGUACAGAGCGAUCAUAAUAGCAGUGAUGUGCAUUCUGUGGGGGGCUGUUUUUCCUAGUUUACCUGUUCUAUCUGCACACCUUAUCCUUAUCAUAGUUCUGCAUUCUCCACAGCCAGGUCUCUUUU